AUGGAGAGCUUCGCAUUCGAACCUCCGCCAGACGUACUGGGCGGAGAGGAGGAUGAGGCCCACCCAUCUGAAGAUGAAAUGGACGCCGAGCCAGCGCCCCCAGAGCCCGAAGAUUUCCCCAACCCCGACCCGGACCCAGAACCCCACUUACCCCCAAUUAACGAUCCCCAACCCCAACCCCAGCAACAACAGGACCCAGAGGAACCCGGGGCUCCGCAGCCCCGCUAUUGGCUGUAA